GAUGCUUGUCGCCCGUCACGUGUGCACCCAAGACGCCACGGCAAACAACCUGCCCCUCUUCAUGUCAGAGAGCCUGAGAGGACCCGGCGGAAACGAUCUAUCCAAUAUAUACUGCCGGACGUUUAUCGAAACGAAUCGUCUCCGUACGAGAUUCCACUGGAUGUUGUGAUCCCGGUCAAUCGGACAGUUACCAUUCGACCUGGUGUCGUGCUACGAUUCGCAGACGGUGCAGGUUUCACAGUAUAUGGUGCUCUUAUCGUAAACGGCACCAAGUCAGGGCCUGUCACAUUUGAACCACAAGCGGGUCGAUGGAAAGGAAUAGAGAUCGUAAACGCAACCACUCCUUCGAUGUUCAAGUUCGCGAACAUCACUGGAAGUUUGUUAGGUAUCUCUGUCAGAAGCGGUAUUCCGCCAUCAGUCGAUAACGUCAUAUCUUCAUCGAACGAUUAUGGAUUCGAUUUUCAGACCCCCGUCAGCGUUCGAAUAGUCAACUCCUCAGCACUGAACAACGAGAAGACCGGUUUUCGGAUAUCCUCCAAGGUAUUCGCCCGCUCUGAUCGUCCGUGA